AUGACCCUCUCCGCCGGCAUGGAAGAUGACUUCAGGGAAUGGGCUCUCGCGAUACAAGGAAGAAGAAUGCCCGUGACCGCUGACGAGAUGAUUGACAGAGCCACCAAGACACUCGAUGUGGUCACGCCUGGCGCCACGCUAACACGGGGUUGGAACUUCGUGACUGACGAAGACGUCGAAACCCUGUACAUCAAGAUCAAGGAUGCCAUUGAAGUUGUUGCCAACGAUGGUGAUCGGGUUUUCAAUAUGGACGAAGCGGGUUUCGCUCCAAAGCGCCACGCCAACAACGUCAUCGCUCAAGUGGGUUCGACGAACGUCUAG